AGGUCACAUGACUGCCGUCCGGCGUGUUGUCUUUUGGUGUUGAUUUGAAGACUUUACUGCGGAUGUUUUCUUCUCUCGCCAGUUUUUAAUCUGUCACCGCUGCAGCGUGAGAUGUUGCAUUUAGUUUGAAGAAGCGCCUCUUUUGUCCAGCGAGUGAGCCUCAGCCGGGCGGAGACACCGGAGAUGUCUGGCUUCAGCGCCGAGCUCAUAGACUACCUGGAGGGGAGGAUAAGUUUUGAGGAGUUUGACAAGCGGAGGGAUGAGCGGAAAGCCAAGGAGUCAGGAGAAAGCCUGUUAGCUGAAGACGCGGAGGACGAUGCUCAGCCCUCUACCUCUGCACAAAUCCCGGGGAACAUCGCUGGAGUCAGCCCCGGGGUUCAGCUGGCCUUUGCCUCCAUGCUGGGAGAAAUGCCCGAACAUCAGACUUCAGAAGAGGAGGAAGAGGAGGACAGCUUGAGCUAUGUAGAUGACGAAGGUGACGAGGACUAUAAGGUGGAAGAAGAGGAGAGGGGGAAGGUGGAGGUGGAGGAGACGGAGAAGAAGCAAAAGCGAAGCAGGAAGAGGGGAAGUAAGAGGAGAAGGAAGAAGAAGAAGGAGGAGGAGGAGGAGGAGGAGGAGGAUGAUCUGACGGUGGGGGACGUGUUUGCGUUGGAGAUGGAGCUGAACCGAGAGAACAAGAAGAUGAUGAAGGAGCGACGUCAUCGCAGCAAGCUGCCCCGAGCACUGAGAGGCUUGAUGGGAGAAGCCAACAUCCGCUACGCCAGAGGAGAGAGAGAGGACGCCAUCCUGAUGUGCAUGGAGAUCAUAAGACAGGCUCCUCUGGCCUAUGAGCCUUUCUCCACGUUGGCUAUGAUCUAUGAGGAUGAUCAAGACAUGGACAAAGCGCUGCAGUUUGGUUUGAUCGCCGCCCACCUGAACCCCUCAGACAGCGAGGAGUGGGUCAGACUGGCAGAAAUGUCUCUGGAGCAGGACAACAUCAGACAGGCCAUUGUCUGCUACACAAAGGCCAUUAAGUACGACCCCACUAAUGUGCGCUACCUGUGGGACCGCUCCAGCCUCCACAUGCGUCUGGGCGAGCACAAACACUGCAUGGACGGCUACCGCAGGAUCCUGUCACUGCUGCCGCUGGAGGACGGCGAGCACUUCAUGCAGCUCUCCAAGGACAUGGCCAAGAGCUACUAUGAGAGUAAUGACUUGGCCUCAGCUCUGGGUGUUAUAGAGGAUGCUCUGGCGCGACACCCCAGCCUGGUCAGCGAUGACUUCAUCAACAUGGCAGCUGAGCUCUAUAUCUCCAACCGCCAGUACAACAGGGCCCUGCAGGUCUUGGCCCAGUUUGCAGGUAUAGUUUUGGUCAGAGCUGAGUCCAAAUCAGACGAUGCGGUACCAACACAAGACGAGAAAGUGGCAGACGAGACGACAGAGGAGCAGGAGAAGACCAAUGAAGAAGGGCCGAAGUCAAAAACGGUAGAGGAAAUGGCAGCACAGGAGAACGGUGAAAUUAAGGAUGUACAGGUACCAGACAGUGUCCCAGUGGACCUGAGGGCCAAGCUAAUGGUCUGCCUCAUACACCUGCAUGUCUUCACACCCCUGGAGGGACUCGUGUCGAUGCUGAUGGACCAGAGUCCAGAGGAGAUUGGUGACUUGUACCUGGAUGUAGGUGAAGCCUACCUGGACGAGGGCGAGUACAUGUCUGCUCUGCCCCUGCUGUCUGCCCUCGUCAUAUCCGACAAGUACAACCUGGCGGUCGUCUGGCUCCGACACGCAGAGUGUCUGAAGGCGCUGGGCCACAUGGAGGCAGCCGUAGAAAGCUACACUAAAGUGGUGGAGAUGGCUCCACAGCACCUGGAGGCCAGGCUCUCCUUAGCCACCCUGCUGCAGCAGCUGGGCCGGCCGGAGCGCGCCCUCAAGGCCCUGGAGUCCAUGUACGACAGCGAUACACUGGCACAGGACUCGUCGGCUGCACAAAAGGAGUUAAAGCUGCUGCUGCAUCGUUCCACACUCCUGAAGACUCAGGGACAAAUCCAGGACUACCUGGAUGCUAUGAUCACUAUGAUCUCUAUGCUACUUAAGGUGGCCAUGCAGCGAGCUAAGGUGUGUGUGCGUUCUGCAACCGUGUCAGGCGUGAAUCACCUGAGGCUGGUGAAGGCCAAAGACAUGCUGCCAGAGAUUGCUGACCACGAAGCUGCCUAUCUGGACAACACAGGUAAAACCAACGUCCUGUCUAAAGAGGACUGGUGGCAGCUGCUGGUGAGCUGUGUGCUGACGCUGUGUGAGGUGCAGCGCUACGAGGAGGCCGAGCUGCUGGUGGAGUCGGCCAUGGAGUUCUUCUCCUUCUACGACAACAAGCCAAAAAGGAAGGAGAUGGAGUUCUUCGGCCUGUCUGCCACCAUCCUCAACCGCAACCACUACAAGGCCUACAACUACAUCAGAUUGAUGCUGAUGGAAAAUGUGGAUUCGCCUCAGCUUUGGAAUAUUUUUAACCAGCUGACGAUUACCUCCCAGCACCAGCGUCACCAUCGCUUCUGCCUACGCCUGCUGUUAAAACAUCCCGACAACCACGCCUUGUGUGUCCUCUGCGGACACAACGCCAUGGUUUCGGGGAGCUUCAAACAUGCUCUGGGUCAGUAUGUUCAGGCCUUCCAGACUCACCCCAACAACCCUCUCCACAGCCUGUGUAUCGGUCUCACUUUCUUCCACAUGGCAUCUCAGAAGUAUGUAGCCAAGCGACAUACGCUGGUGCUGCAGGGUUUCACCUUCCUGUGGCGGUACGUGGAGCUGCGUGGAGAGUGUCAGGAGAGCAUGUACAACCUGGGCAGAGCGCUGCACCAGAUGGGCCUCACACAUUUGGCCAUACAUUACUACCAGAAGGCACUUACUCUGCCUGCACAGAAACUGGAGGGUAUGCCUGAUGAUCAGGUGGAUCUGAGAAGGGAAAUCGCCUUCAACCUCUCCCUCAUCUACCAGGCCAGCGGAAACAUGGAGAUGGCCCGCCAGCUCAUUAACACACACUGCAUUGUUUGAAAAUGCACACAAAUGUCCCGGCGUCUGUGCGUUUUGUUUUUUUUAUAUAUAUUUUGAGUUUUGUACUGCCUUGUGUAAAAUAAAUAAAUAAAUAAAUAAAUAAAUAUGGAGGACUAAAAAUGAUUUAUUCAUGAAUAAAUCGACAAUUAUUUUCUUUAACAAAUAAAUUAAAUUGAUACAAAAUAGAUACAAAAAUAAAUGCAUAUGUACAAAAAUACUUUUAUUUUAUUUCUACAUUUAUCUAAAGUACAUUUAUUCUGAAUUUCUGAAUUACAUUUCUUUCAUUAGUUCUGUUUUUCUAAUUUUAUUUAUUGAGUGUGUUGAUGAGGUAGAUGGUACUAUCUUCACUGUAAAGCACCACAGGUCACAGAAUCUUGACAGAUAUAUUACUUUUAACUUGCUAGUGGUGUAUAAAGCUGUGCUGACUGGUACACAUGCUCCUGAUUUUUAGGUAGAUCGUUAGAUUUAGAUCUGUAGCUCAAGCCUGGUUUGUCCAGCUGGCCAGUCGUGCUUUACAGUGAAGUUAGUACCGGCUGCGUCAUUAACAUACAGACAAACGUACUGAAGAUAAUAAAAGUAGAAAUUUAUGAAUAAACAGUUAUUUAUAUUUUGCAGUGAAUCAAUCAACAUUUAUUUUGUUUAUUACUACUUAUGUAUUUAUUUCUGUAUUUAUUUCAGUUUAACUACACCAUUUUCACUCUUACAGAUACGGUAGAUAUCUGAAACUGAAGUAGUAGUUGCUCAGUUUUCAGACAUUAUUUUCCUCCUGUCCCAUGUAAACGGAUAUCAUAAUUUUCUUGUGCAGGGUUAAAUUUAGUUUGCGUUAUUUGUACAUGUGUGCACAGUCAUAAUGCUAUUUUUAAAUUAUACCUAUUUUAAGACAUUCACAUUCAACACAACAUUUUUGCUAUGUGUAUAUAUUUUUAAGUAAUAAAAAUAAGCA